AUGAGCAGAAUUUUCAAACUCUCAACGCCCAAAAGAAAUACAACAUUAAGAAAUGAAGAAAGAUUAUUUGAAAAGGAAGCCAAGAAGAUAGAAGAGCUUGAAGAGACGUGUCGGAAAUUAUACAAAGAUGCCAAGAAAUGCUCAGAUUCUGCUGCUGCCCUUUGUAAAUGUGAACGUCGAAUAACACAAGACCUACUAGCCAGUUCCCUGUGCCAGUCUGAAGAACAAUUAUUGAGACAUGUUGAAGAAUGGGACAGCUCCAUUGUAAAACUGGAUCUUCACCUGCAGGAAAUGAAUUCCAAUAUACAGAAAACUAUGAUAGAACCAGUGAAAAAAUUCAAUAUGAUCUUUCCAAGUCUUCACACGGCAAAAAAGAAGCGAGAACAAUCUUUGGAGGAAUAUGAAAAAUGGGAAGCUAAAGUCAAAAAAUAUCAGGAACGCGAUCGAACAGGAAAUAAUAUUGUCAAAUUGCAUCAGAGUCGGAAAUCCUUACAGCCAGCAAAAGAAGAAUUUUAUGAGCAGCAUUAUAUUUUAAUGGAAGACAUGCCAAAAUUGUACGACUGCCGGAUUGACUACUUCCAGCCUUGUUUGGAAGCUUUGAUUAAAUCUCAGGUGACAUACAAUUCAGAAGCUUACAAAAUCUACAGUGAAUUGGCUGGUCAGUUGAUACAGGAAAAUCUCACAGCAGAAAAUUAUGCUGGCCUCAUUCAACAAAAGCUCCAAGAUAUCAAAGGUCUCUCCAUUGUUGAUUAA